UAAAAAGUUAAAUUUAUUUUUCAGAAAAUGGCAUUGAUGAAGCUCGCCACCACCUGGGAGAGAUUUAUUCUCAAGGAUCUCACGAAGUUUGGAAGAUACGCCAAGGUUGAGUUGACCCCUCCCAGCCCUGGAGAACUGGGUCAGGUAGUAAAAGGAGCAGGAGGAUUUGUUAAAGAUGCUCUCACCUUCAAGUGGGCACAGGCAACAGUAAAGGAAGCAACUGUAAACACAAUCGUCAUUGCUGAGAUCGCUUGCUGGUUCUUUAUUGGAGAAUGUAUCGGGAAAGGAAGUCUAGUUGGAUACCAAGUUUAGUAACCAUUUCCAAUGUUGUCCUCGUUUUGAAUUUCCUCCGCCAUUUUAACUUUGCAUAGUCGUCUUAGAUAAAUAUACAUAAUAUGUGUUAAAUGUAUUAUAUAUAUUAAUAAAGUUGCAGAAAUAAA